AUGGCCCAUGCGCGGUACAUGCGGUUCUCACGCUCACUGCAAAGUCCAAGGACACCUCCAGAGGUUCGACGAGCCGGACGUGCAGCAUUUCGGGACUCCGGAAUGUUGCAGGUGUUGCUGGAGCAGUGGACAAGCUGCGCUGGGGUUUGGACAGAGAGUGAAUUUUACAUCCAAGUAAAAGAGAAGCGUAAGAACCGUUCCUAUGGCUCGCGGCGAUGGAUGACCCGCAUGGAAAUCGUCGCCAAAUUUGGGAGCACACAAGUGGCAGACCAAAUUAUCUCUGCCAAGACCUUGGACGCAGAGGAGACUCGCCAGUAUCUCAUUUGGGAUCGCGAAGGUGAGGAAACAACGGUGGACCAUGUGACCACAACACUCUUUCAGGCUGCUGAAAAGGAUGAGGACGAGAAGACCAGGGGCAGGUCAAGGGUGAGAAGCCGCAAAGGGAGGAAGCAUGACAAGAAACAUGGCAAGGGAAAGAAAUCAAGAGGUAAGAAGAAGAAGCGUUCCACAUCGUCGACCAGCGAUUCAAGUGGUACCAGCAGCUCGGACAAGCCAAGCAGUGAAUCAGAAGAGAAAGAGGCCCAGCAACAACAUGGCACCCCAGCUUGGCAAUCCCUAGCAGACUUAGUUUCCAAACGUCUCACCGCUAGCAAAUGGCAGGCCAAAGGGAAGAAAGCAUCAAAGAAGAAAGCCACGAAGAGAGGCAAAGGUAAGAAAAGAGGAAAAAGUUCAAAGUCAAGUGACAGCUCUGGCCAGGCAGGGAGGAAGAAGAGAAAGGAAGAAACAGAAGAGCAGAAAUUGAAGCGUGAACAGAAGGAACAGGAGGCUCAGCAAAAAAAAGAGAUGAGGGAACAGGAGAAGGAAAGGGAGAAGGAAAAGAAAGCGAUUGAGAAGACCAAAAAUGAUGCUUUCAAAAAGGAUCUGCGGAAAGGAAACCAGGCUGGGAUCAUUUCUACAUAA